CAUAAUUUCUCUUCUUUAGAUAAAAAGUGGAACAUACGCUAGCGCUGUAUCUUGUUGCUAGGGUUUUGGCCUUUUGGGACAGCUAAAGUCUCUCUCUCUCUCUCUCUCUCUCGGCUUAAUUUCGGGAUAUUUGGGACGAAUGGGUGGGUCAGUGAAGGACGUGCAGUCAAAGGCGGAGCUGGAUAGCUUGCUGGGGGGUGGCGCACCGGUGGUCCUACACUUCUGGGCGUCGUGGUGCGAAGCUUCAAAGCACAUGGACCAGGUCUUCUCCCACCUCUCCACCGAUUUUCCUCACGCCCACUUCCUCCGGGUUGAAGCUGAAGAGCAACCUGAGAUAUCCGAGGCUUAUUCGAUUUCUGCGGUGCCUUACUUCGUUCUCUUCAAGGAUGGUAAGACUGUUGAUACAUUGGAGGGUGCAGAUCCAUCUAGUUUGGCCAAUAAAGUUGCUAAAGUUGCUGGUUCAGUUAACCCAGGAGAACCUGCUGCUCCUGCCAGCCUUGGGAUGGCUGCAGGAUCUACCAUUCUUGAAACAGUCAAAGAGCUUGCUAAAGAAAAUGGCUCUUCCAAAGUGGAAAACCAAGUGAAACCUGGCCUUAGUGAUGCAUUGAAAAAGCGACUGCAGCAGCUGAUUGAGUCUCACCCAAUUAUGCUAUUCAUGAAAGGAAACCCUGGAGAGCCAAAGUGUGGGUUUAGCCAAAAAGUUGUUGACAUUUUGAACAAGGAAAAAGUUAAAUUUGGAAGCUUUGAUAUCCUAGCUGACAACGAGGUUCGUGAAGGGUUGAAAAAAAUUUCUAACUGGCCAACAUAUCCACAGGUCUAUUGCAAAGGAGAUCUUCUUGGUGGGUGUGAUAUAGUUAUUGCAAUGCACGAGAGUGGUGAAUUACAAGAAAUUUUCAGGGAUCACGGGAUUGACACAAAUGGUUCUAAUGAGAAAAAAGUGGGCGAACCUGGAACUGGAAAGGGUGGCAUCGUUGAAUCCUCUGGUCUAAGUUCUACCUUAUCCUCUAAAAUUGAAAGCCUUAUCAAUUCAAGCCCAGUUAUGCUGUUUAUGAAGGGAAACCCAGAUGAACCCAAGUGUGGUUUCAGCCGUAAGGUAGUUGAAAUCCUUGGAACGGAAAAGGUGGAUUUUGAGAGUUUUGACAUUCUUUCUGAUGAAGAAGUCCGUCAAGGGCUCAAAGUUUAUUCGAACUGGUCUAGUUACCCUCAACUAUAUAUUAAGGGUGAACUUGUUGGCGGAUCAGACAUUGUGCUGGAAAUGCAGAAAAGUGGGGAACUGAAGAAGGUUUUAGCUGAGAAAGGUGUGGUUCAGAAGGAGACUCUUGAAGAUCGGUUGCAGAAGUUGAUCAGUUCUUCAUCAGUGAUGCUCUUCAUAAAGGGUACCCCAGAUGCUCCCAGAUGUGGUUUCAGCUCCAAAGUUGUAAAUGCCCUGCGCGAGGAGGGUGUAAGUUUUGGGUCCUUUGAUAUAUUAGCUGAUGAGGAAGUGAGGCAGGGGCUGAAGGCCUUCUCAAACUGGCCGACUUUUCCUCAGCUUUAUUAUAAAGGUGAGCUAAUAGGAGGCUGUGACAUAGUACUGGAGCUGCGAAACAACGGAGAGCUGAAAUCUACCCUAUCUGAGUAGGAUUUGGUGCGAUUUUAUCAAAUAAUGCGUGAUAUCCAAUUGACCCCAAUUUCCACCAACGUCAGAAGCGUGUCUGUUGACACACCAUACUUGUUUUGAAAGUUUGCUUUUUAUAUACGUUCUGAUACUCGUGAAAUGGGUUUUGGGUAUAAUACUUGAUGUCUGCAAAACUCAGCAUUAUUUGUUACAUAUUAUGAAGAUUUAGAGUUGUCUGCUUUC